AUGGUCGACCAACAAAACAUGCCAAAAUGCCAAAAGAUGUGGUAUUUAAAAACGAAUGUGAACGGGGAAGCAGAAAAAUUGAUUCGACAUCUUCCGCUCACUGAAGAUAGCUAUGAUUCAGCAUGGAAAAUGCUGCAAGAUCGUUACAAUAAUAAGAGAAUGCUGACAACGGCACUCCUAAAUAGGUUGCUACAACAAACCAUCAUUUCCAUUGAAUCAGCUAGCAGCAUCAAGGCACUCCAUGACGUCACAAAGGAGUGUCUACAAGGUCUAACAAAUCUGGGACUGGAAAUCUGCAGUUGGGAUCCCUUAAUCGUCCAUCUGCUUAUUAGAAAACUAGACAGAACAACUCAUAGCUUAUAUGAACAAUCAAUGAAACAUCCAAAAUCAUUACCCAGUCUAGACGAGUUCAUGAGUUUUUUGGAAACACGAUUCCAUUCCCUAGAAACUCUUGGGAAUAAAGGACGAUAUUCCGACGACCAGCGUAAACCAGCAGCCAGAUCUUUUACAUCAGUGGAAGCCAACAAGUCUUCUAAAACAAAUUGUCCACUUUGCAAUGGUUCGGAACACAAGUUAUACUCAUGUAUAAAGUUCCUACGAUUAUCUCUAGAAAAUCGAUUAGCAACAGUAAAAAAAUUCCGUCUCUGCACCAAUUGUCUCAAUCCAGGGCACUUGGCAACCCGAUGUAUUGCAAGAAACUGCACCAGGUGUGCAGGAAAACACAACACGCUCUUACACAUGGGCAAUCCAUCAAUUAGACCCUCAGAAAAGGGUAACGAUCAACCAAUUCGACACUUCCCACAAAAGACCGAAAUCGAGUUACCAAGUACAUCCAGCAAGGCAGUGAAUCCAGCUCACACAUCCGCAUCAGCAGUAGCUCCAAAGCAGAAGAGCUACGUCUUUCUUAGUACAGUUGUUGUCGACAUAAAAAGCAGUGAGGGCACCUACAUAAGCGCACGAGCCUUACUUGACUCGGGUUCACAAUUAAACUUCAUAACAGAGAAUUUAUCAAAACGAUUGAAUAUUCUAGAAUUUGCUGAAACAAUGCGGAUUCUCGGAAUUGGUGAAGGAUCAAAAAGAUCUGAUAAAAGAGUCAAUAUCACACUCAAAUCAAAAACCACAUACUUUGCAGUCAACUUCGAAGCUUUUGUAUUGCGCCAAAUAACGCCAAGUCAACCAAGUCGAAUGAUAAACAUUGAAUCUUGGAACAUCCCAAAAGACAUAAAAUUGCAGAUAAACAUUUCAAUGAGCCUGGCCAAAUCGAUCUACUACUAG